AUCCAUUUGUAGAGUACAGCCUGCCGGCCAGAAUGCAAAGUCUCUGCUAUGUUCGGUGUGUGGGGAGACUGUGGGGUCCAGCACAAAAGUCACGGCUUCUUAAAGUGGCAAACCUGCAUGGAUCUGUACGCCAGAUGCAACAGAAAAAGGUAAUGGAAGACAACAACAAGCCAUGGGCUCUGAUCUCAGAGGUGGGUGAACAAGGUUUCAUUGAAGAGGUCACUGACAUAAUGAAACAUCACUUUCAACUCGUCUGCCACAAAGACUUCCUUCAAAACCCUCUGCUGCACGGUCCUAAAAUCCAGGCCGUAUUAAUGUGGAACAGCUUCCCUACAGCCGAGCCUUCGCUGCUCGGUUUGCUUCCCUCGCUGAAAGUGGUCGCCAAUGGAGGAGCAGGCGUCGACCACCUGGAUGUGCCGUAUAUUAACAGUCUGGGAGUGAAGGUGACCAACACGCCCGGUGUUGUGAGCGAUGCCACUGCAGAUAUCGCGAUGGGUCUGCUUGUGGCAUCGGCACGCAAGAUCGUUGAAGGUCACCAAAUAGCUGUUGACCCCAACACCACUUAUAUACCACAACGCUUGAUGGGAGCUGAAGUCACAGGGUCGACUCUGGGGAUUAUUGGAAUGGGAGGCAUUGGCUGCAAAAUCGCUCAAAGAGGCAAAGGAUUUGACAUGAAGAUCCUGUAUCACAACAGGAAAAGGAGGAGUGUUGAAGAUGAGCAGGCGGUGGGUGCAAGUUACCGUGAGGAUAUGGACGACCUGCUGAGAGAGUCAGACUUUGUCAUGCUGGCGGUCAACCUGACCCCAGAAACCAAAGACCUGAUCAGCCACAGAGAGCUGUCCCUCAUGAAACCCACAGCAACACUGGUCAACAUCAGCAGAGGUCAGGUUGUGGACCAGGAUGCUUUAGUCAAAGCUCUUCAGUCUGGAACAAUUCAUGCGGCGGCAUUAGACGUGACUCACCCUGAACCAUUACCAAGGGAUCAUCCUCUCCUUGGCCUUCCUAAUGUGCUGAUCACCCCCCAUGUUGGCACCAACACUUACACUACAACAAGAAAGAUGGUGCAGAGGAUGGUAGAAAAUGCUCUGGCUGUACUGAAAGGCCAACCUAUUCCCAAUGAAGUCAAACCAAAAUUACUUCACUGAUGUUACCUCACCUGUCUGUAGUUAGUAGGGCUGGGACGAUCUCCCGAUUGAAUACUAUUAUGAUACUUGGGUGCCGAUUCUACAAGUAUUGCAAUUCGAUAUUAGAUUUAUGUGAUCUUUAUUAACUUUUUUAACACUAGACCAUGGGAAAAAGUUGAAUUAUACACUCCUAGGGACUUUUACUUCGGAUAAUGUCUAAAUUAAUACAGUAAAAAUGUUUGAUUUUCAGCAUUUAUGUAGUCUGAGAUGUCCUGAAGUCAAUUAUAUCAUUAUUUUUAUAUCAAUGCAGCCGAAAGGCAGGCUGUCCUCUCUGCUUGGUUUCAAACUGACACACCGAUAGCAGCACUCUGCACACAGCAGAGGAGAGACAGAGGAACAGGGGACCUCACAGCGAUGUAACAAACCCGUUCUCAUCCGUCAAAUACGUCCGCAAAGCAUCUAAAUGGGGACUUGUGCCGAUCUGUAUAAUGCUUGUGCUUGGUAUCAGAAGCCAAGGGGCGUGACAAAGCGAUGGUAUUUGACCACCUGAACGGGCUGCACACCCUGCACGCUGUUAUUGGCUGGGGGUUAAACCCCCACGUGGGGCCCAAAGGCCGUUUGCAGACGCACAAAGGUAAAGCAAAAUAAGAAGAAAA